CCACCGCAGUCUGGCUGCGCUCGUGUGUUCACUUGUACCUUUGCUGAGGCCUAGAGAGACCCGGGAGGGAGCUAGGCCGGGUCCGCUGCUCUAGCCACUUUUUGCGCACAAAGGCGCCGACCCCAGGCCCAGGACAAGGCGAGCGGCCACCGCUCCGGAGCAGCGCGGAGACGCACGGCGCGCCCUAUGCCCCGAGGCCUCCACCUACCCCGCCGCGGCAGCCCGAGCACAGCGAGAGAACGCGCCACCCCGGGGCCUGGGUGCAGCUAGCAACCCCAGGCGCGCAGCCCGAGGUGAGCAGUGAGCGGCGAACGGGACGGCAGCGAGGCGUUCGCGGGCCCCCUCCUGCUGCCCGGGCCCGGCCCGCUCAUGGCGGCCAUCCGCAAGAAGCUGGUGGUGGUGGGCGACGGCGCGUGCGGCAAGACGUGCCUGCUGAUCGUGUUCAGUAAGGACGAGUUCCCCGAGGUGUACGUGCCCACCGUCUUCGAGAACUAUGUGGCCGACAUCGAGGUGGACGGCAAGCAGGUGGAGCUGGCGCUGUGGGACACGGCGGGCCAGGAGGACUACGACCGCCUGCGGCCACUCUCCUACCCGGACACCGACGUGAUCCUCAUGUGCUUCUCGGUGGACAGCCCGGAUUCGCUGGAGAACAUCCCCGAGAAGUGGGUGCCCGAGGUGAAGCACUUCUGCCCCAACGUGCCCAUCAUCCUGGUGGCCAACAAGAAAGACCUACGCAGCGACGAGCACGUCCGCACAGAGCUGGCGCGCAUGAAGCAGGAACCUGUGCGCACGGAUGACGGCCGCGCCAUGGCCGUGCGCAUCCAAGCCUACGACUACCUCGAGUGCUCGGCCAAGACCAAGGAGGGCGUGCGCGAGGUCUUCGAGACGGCCACGCGCGCCGCGCUGCAGAAGCGCUACGGCUCCCAGAACGGCUGCAUCAACUGCUGCAAGGUGCUAUGAGGGCCGCUCCCGCCCCGCCUGCCCCUGCUGGCGCGCCUCCCCCUCCCGGGCCCAGCCCCCGCGAGCCCGGGGAAGGGGAGACCCGCGUGCCCCAAGGACCCCACCGGACUGCCUGGUGUCUGCCUUCAGCCCCGGCAGACGUGGCCCGGCGGCUCAGGCUCUGGCGCCGGGAAUCCGCGUGGUAGGCACCGGGCGCCUGCUUUCCAAGUGUCUGUGCGUCCGGCUGUGUUGCACAGGCCUGGCCGCCCCGCUGAGUGCCAAGGGUCCCCUGACCACCCUUUAGUGAAGAGUCAAGCCUCUUCAGAGUGUGUGGCUGUGUGUAUGUUCGACUCCCCGCCGCCGGGUUUUCACCCCCAUGCCUGCCUCUGCC